AUGUCAUAUCCACAUUUACCAUUAAUCAUUUCUUCAAAAAUUGAAAAUGAGAUUCACUUGAUCAUUGGCUCUAAUCAAACAAAUACUUUCAAACAUAGAGUCAAAGCAAUUAUUGAAUCCGGUGCUACUCCCAUCAUUGUAGAAAGUAAGCAAAAUCAGAUUAAGAGAAUACAAUUAGAAUUUAAGCAAUAUUUUGAUAAAUCUCAGAUCAAAUUAAAACCAAAGACCUUUGCUUUGACCGAUUUAACUACAUGCGGAAGAACGUUGGUUCAUAAAAUUGUAGAUAAAGUAUUUCUAUUUGAUGAAGAUAUUAAUAUAAUAGAACAAGUAUAUGAUCAAUGCUUAAAAUUGAGAAUUCCAAUCUGCUCUUAUCAGAAACCAGAAUAUUCUACUUUCAAUUUAAUAUCAACAUUCACUGAUUCAAAGAAGAGCGGCUUACAAAUUUCGGUGACGACCAAUGGGCAAGGUUGUGUACUGGCAAAUAGAAUUAAAAGAGAAAUUGUAAAUAGUCUACCAGAAAAUAUUUCUGAUGUCGUCAUUAAUAUGAGCAGAUUACGGAAUUUAAUCAUCAAAGAAGAUAAAUUGAAUUCAAUAAUAGCUCUAUCAGCAUCGAGAGAUAAAACUUUUGUUGAAAAUAGUUUUAUAAACUAUGGAUUAUCUGCUGAUGAAGAUGUCUGGGACUCAUCCAAUUUUAACACACACAUUAAAGAAUUCCAAAUGAAUGUAGUUGAUAAAAGGUUAAAAAGAUCAAGAUGGUUGUCACAAAUCAUGGAGUAUUACCCAUUGAACAAACUUUCAGAAGUCAGACUGGAAGACCUAUCCGAAUCUGACUUUAAUAAUAAUCAGAACAUAUCUAAUUUAGCCACGACAAGGAAAACACAACUAAAUACAGAAGACUAUUCAGCAGAUAACAAAACAGUAGUCAAAAGAUUAAAAUUAGACAACGAUACAUCAGCGAUCGUUGUUGAUAAACCUCAGAAAGGCUCAAUAAGUUUAGUAGGAAGCGGUCCUGGUUCAAUAUCCAUGUUGACAGUGGGUGCUCUGCAAGAAAUUAAAUCAGCUGAUUUGGUGUUGGCUGAUAAACUAGUACCUCAAACUAUCAUAGAUUUAAUUCCUAAAGAUACCGAGAUAUUCUUUGCAAAAAAGUUCCCAGGACAUGCUGAAAAGGCCCAGGAAGAAUUAUUACAAAGAGGUAUAACAGCAUUAACAGAAGGUAAGAAAGUGAUUCGCUUAAAGCAAGGUGAUCCAUAUAUAUUUGGUCGUGGAGGUGAGGAAUUUUUAUAUUUCAAGGAAAAUGGCUUUACUCCUACUGUUUUGCCUGGAAUAAGCUCUGCAUUGGCUGCUACAGUCGUUUCAAAAAUACCAGCGACUCAAAGGGGCAUUGCUGAUCAAAUAUUGAUCUGCACUGGAACAGGAAGAAAAGGUGCUUUGCCAACUAUUCCGGAAUAUGUUGAGUCAAGGACCACUGUCUUUUUGAUGGCGCUACAUAGAGCUGAUAUUCUAACUAAAGCAUUACUUGAAAACUCAUGGAAACCAAAUACCCCAAUUGCUAUUGUUGAAAGAGCUUCGUGUAAAGAUCAACGUGUCACAAGAACAUUGCUAAAAUAUUUACCUGAUGUUAUUAAAGACAUCGGGUCAAGACCUCCUGGACUUUUAGUUGCAGGGAAUGCCGUGAACGCUCUUGUUGAAUCUGAUCUGGAUGACAAUAACAAAUAUUCAAUGAUUGAGGGUUUCAGAGAAGUUCAAGCGGAGUUAGUGGGACUUAUAUAA